AUGUUGUCUCGCCCAGUGUUUCUCGCUUUAGCCUUGGAGCUCGCCGCAGCUUCGGCUCACAACCACCCUGGUCAAUACUCUCCUGGGUCUUCAACACCGGAAGACGAGUGUUCUGGGGUCAAUGCCAUCUCACCUGCAUGCUCAACCGGCGAGUCUUUACAUCACCGCGACAUCUUCUACGUUGGUGGACGCUAUGUCGAGACCACAGCUGGCAAUCUCACAUACGAUCAACUCUAUGUUGAGAAGUUGACGCCCGCGAAUGGUGUCUUCCAGCCAAACCCAGUCAUCUUCUUCCACGGAGGAGGAACAUCGGGUGUGACAUGGCUCAAUACGCCCGACAACCGAAAAGGCUUCGCCUCGUACUUUCUAGAUCUCGGCUACCAAGUCUACAUAGUCGAUCAAACCUCAGUUGGCCACGGCUCUGAAGAAGACCUAACCAACUUCCCCAUGCGCAUCGGUUCGACAGCAGAGAUCAGCGAGGACGGUUUCACUGCCGUAGAACGCGCCAACCUCUACCCGCAAUCCCAACUCCACACCCAAUGGCCAGGCACGGGCCUCAAGUCCGACCCCACCUUCGACGCCUUCGAAUCGACCUUCAUCCCACUCACCUCCAACCUCACGGCCCAAGAGCUCUCCAUGCGCGCAUCCGGCUGCGCCCUCCUCGCCCUCAUCGCCACCCCCUCCUUCUUCGUCUCCCACUCCAUCGGCGCGCUGCACCCGCUCCUCCUCUCCAACGACUGCCCCGCCCUCGUCGCCGGCAGCGUCAACCUCGAGCCCGCCAACGUCCCCUUCGUCUCCUACCUCGGCAACGCCACCCACCCCGGCACCGGCGCCUCCCGCGCCCGCCCCUGGGGCCUCGCCAACACCCAUCUGACCUACGACCCCGCCGUCGCCGACCCCACCGCCGCCGACCUCGCCGUCCGCCUCGUCGGCCCCGAUCGCCCCGAGCGCCGCGCCUGCUACUUGCAGGCCCACCUGCCCAGGCGCCUCCCCCGCGUCGCGCGGGUGCCGUAUGUGGCGCUGACCAGCGAGGCCAGUCCGCACGCGACGUAUGAUCAUUGCGUGGUGGAGUAUCUGCGGCAGGCGGGCGUGCCGGCCGAGUGGAUCAGGUUGGCAGAGGAUGCGGGCGUGAGGGGGAAUGCGCAUUUUAUGCAUUUGGAGAGGAAUAAUUGGGAGAUUGUGGGGGUGGUGCAUGCGUGGAUUGAAAAGGUGGUGGGGUUGGGGGGUCUGGACGGUGAUGGGGAGGGGGAGGGCGGAGAUGGUGGAGGGGAGGGGCAGGGAAGGUGGUCGUGGUGGGGGUGGGGGAGUUGGUGGAGAGGUUGGUGGUGA